AUGGCUCCGAGGACACAGGUCAUUAUCCACCACCAACACUCCUUCUUACAACCUAACAACCCACACUGUUACACCCACAACCCGACUCCCACAGUCAUCCACCCGCAGCUUUUCCCCACAAGUAUCCACUGCACCCACCACAGCCCUCCACAUUCAGCCUUUCAUCCACAACUCCAUUCUAAAACCUCCACGUUCAACUUUACACCCACAAUCCACAGUCCUCCACCCAAGAAAUACACUCGCAACUCACAGUCAUCCACCUGGCCUCUACCUACAACCUUACACCCACAGUCACCCACCUUGCCUCUACCCAUAGCCAUCCAACUUGCCUCUACCCACAACCUUACACCCACAGUUAUCCACUUGGACUCUACCUACUACCUUACACCCACAGUCAUCCACCUGGCCUCUACCCACAGUCAUGCACCUGCCCUCUACCCACAACCUUACACUCACAGUCGUCUACUUUGCCUUUACCCACAACCUUACACCAAUAUUCAUCCACUUGGCCUCUACCCACAACCUUAUACCCACAGUCAUGCACCUGGACUCUACCCACAACCUUAUACCACCAUAAUCCAUUUGGCCUCUACCCACAACCUUACACCCACAUUCAUCCACUUGGCCUAUACCCACAACCUUACACCUACAUUCAUCCACUUGGGCUCUACCCACAACCUUACACCCACAUUCAUCCACUUGGCCUCUACCCACAAUCUUAUACCCACAGUCAUGCACCUGGCUUCUACCCACAACCUUACACCCACAUUCAUCCACUUGGCCUCUACCCACAACCUUACACCCACAGUCAUCCACUUGGCCUAUACCCACAACCUUAUACCCACAGUCAUGUACCUGGCUUCUACCCACAACCUUUCACCUACAUUCAUCCACUUGGCCUCUACCCACAACCUUACACCCACAUUCAUCCACUUGGCCUCUACCCACAACCUUACACCCACAUUCAUCCACUUGGCCUCUACCCACAACCUUACACCCACAGUCAUCCACUUGGCCUAUACCCACAACCUUAUACCCACAGUCAUGUACCUGGCUUCUACCCACAACCUUUCACCUACAUUCAUCCACUUGGCCUCUACCCACAACCUUACACCCACAUUCAUCCACUUGGCCUCUACUCACAACCUUACACCCACAGUCAUCCACUUGGCCUCUACCCACAACCUUACACCCACAGUCAUCCACUUGGCCUAUACCCACAACCUUAUACCCACAGUCAUGUACCUGGCUUCUACCCACAACCUUUCACCUACAUUCAUCCACUUGGCCUCUACCCACAACCUUACACCCACAUUCAUCCACUUGGCCUCUACCCACAACCUUACACCCACAUUCAUCCACUUGGCCUCUACCCACAACCUUACACCCACAGUCAUCCACUUGCCUAUACCCACACCUUAUACCCACAUCAUGUACCUGGCUUCUACCACAACCUUUCACCUACAUUCAUCCACUUGGCCUCUACCCACAACCUUACACCCACAUUCAUCCACUUGGCCUCUACCCACAACCUUUCACCUACAUUCAUCCACUUGA